AUGUCGCCGACGGCUAACGACCCUCCUGUCAAUUAUGGCGUCCUUUUAUUCCCCGGCUUCCAGGCUCUUGAUGCUUUUGGACCCCUAGAUAUUCUGAAUAUGGUGUCGCAAACGAUGCCCGUGAAGUUCUCCAUCAUCGCACCCACCCUAGAGCCAGUGUCGACUCAAGUCAAGGCCAUGGCCCAUACCAUCGGCCAGUCUAUCGUGCCCACGCACUCAUUGGCUAACCCGCCUGAAGAUCUGGAAGUACUCCUCGUCCCCGGCGGCAAAGGCACAAGAGAUCUGGAAGCGACCGAGGAGUUGGUAGAGUUCCUGCGGGCCACGUACCCGAAGCUGAGGUAUCUGUUGACUAUCUGUACUGGCAGCUCCCUUGCGGCAAGGGCGGGUAUUUUGGAUGGAAAGAAGGCUACGUCGAAUAAAAUGGUUUUUAAAUGGGUUAUGAGCGUCCAUGAAGGUGUAGACUGGGUUACCAAGGCGCGCUGGGUUACCGAUGGCAAUAUUUGGACUGCAUCAGGUAUCUCGGCGGGUAUGGACAUGAUGUACGCAUUUGUCAGUGAGAUGUACGGGGAAGAUGUUGCAGCUGAAAUUGCCCAAAGAUCGGAGUAUGUUCGCAAUACGGACUCAACUGACGAUCCAUUUUCCGACUUGGUAGAGGUUUAA